CCGCGCCUCCAAAGCGGCCGCGCUUGGACGACGGCCGGGUCGGCCGCCGCAGCCCACCGCGCAGCGUGAGGAUCGGGUUGGAGCACGGGCGAGGCAGUAGAAGGGGCAUGGACAAUUCGCAUCGCGCUUCAGACUGCCUGGACUAUGGAUAUGAUGCUCCUUAUAGUGGUCAAGGUAACACCCAGAGGAAAGGAUUGAUGACGUACAAACAGUUUACGCAAGAACUUGAAGAUGAUGUUUCCCCGGGUGAAGCUGAGAACAGGUACCAAGAAUACAAGGCAUCAUACAUUAGUACUCAGAAAGAGGUCUAUUUCGAUCAGCAUAAGAAUGAAGAUUGGUUGAAAGACAUGUACCACCCAACAAACUUGCUAUCUGUUAUUAAAAGGAGGAAUGAGCUUUGCAGGACUGCAGCGAAGAAAUUGAUUCUUGAUUUGCGGAGUGGAACUUUGGACCUUGGUCCUGGAAUGACUGCUGGUGCAGCAAGUAAAUCAGGAAAUGAGAGCGAUGGAAUCUCUGCAGAUGAUGAAGAUUAUGAUAACAAGAGAAGUCAUCACAGAGUUCUCAUUAAAGAAACUGAACCACUUUCAGAUGCUCCUAAAGCUCACCCAGUCAGUUCACAUUAUCGACGAAUUCAAACUGACAUAGAACAAACUCUUGCCUUAGUGCAAAAGCUUGACGAAGAGAAGGGUAUUGUGGGAAACAUCCUGUCAACCGGUGAUCACGGAAACUCAGAUGGUGACAAAUCACAUGCUGGAUCCACAGGGCCUAUAGUUAUCGUCCGGGGUUUAACUACUGUCAAGGGCCUUGAAGGUUUGGAGCUCCUAGACACUCUCCUUACUUACCUGUGGCGUGUCCAUGGUGUUGAUUACUACGGGAUGUCUGAGAGUAAAAAUGCAAAGGGUCUUCGUCAUGUGAGAGCUGAUAAAAAGAGUACCAAUACAUCCAGAAGUAGUUCUGCUGAUUGGGAGAAGAAACUGGAUUCUUUCUGGCAAGAAAGACUGACGACUGGCAAGGAUCCUCUAGUUGCAUUGACUGCCAAGGAUAAAAUUGAUGCAUCAGCUGAUAAAAAUCUAGAAUCUUAUGUCACAAAGGUUAAGGACGAUAAAUACGGAUGGAAAUACGGCUGUGGAGCCAAAGGAUGUAUAAAAAUUUUCCAUGCUCCUGAGUUUGUUCUCAAGCACCUGAACCUCAAGCAUCUUGACUUGGUCUCCAAAUUGACUUUAAAAGUUCAAGAUGAUAUCUAUUUCCAAAAUUACAUGAAUGAUCCAUCUGCACCAGGUGGAAUACCUGUUAUCCAGCAACACGCACCAGAGAAGCAGGACAGGAUACAACAAAGACCUACAUCUACCGAACUAGGUGUUUCUGGCGAGCAGAAUUGCUUUGCCGUUGAAAUUCCCACUCCGCCAAUACUAAUACCUGUCCCUGGUGCUGGUCCAUUGGGUCCAUUUGUUCCUGCAUCUCCAGAAGUAGUCAUGCAGAUGAUGAGAGGUCAAGGAUCUCAGCAUGGGAUGAACAGUGCGAUGCUGGGACCAAUGAUGCCCAUGUAUCCGCCCCGUCCGCCUAACCCUCGUCCUCUGCGAAGAUGCAGUUACAAAGAUCUUGAUGACCCUGGGGAAGAAGUCACUGCCGUUGACUACAGAAGUUUGUAGAGCGCGCUUCGUGUUAACCAGCAGGCUAAUUUGGUGACAGUUUUCUCCAGACAGCACAGAAAUUUAACAACUGACAUAAAGGAGGAUUAAUUCCAGGACACGGAUGACGGAUAGGAAAUUUUGUCAAACCUGACAUUUAAGAUGAUUGUUUCGCUCGAACGAUCAACCAUUUUUAUUACUAGCUUCUUUACCUUGAUAUGCUCCUGUGUUUGUUGAAACGUAGUGCGCGUAACAAAAUAUUAACAUCAUUCGGUUUGCCUCCUCUUCGUAGACAUAUGUUCUUUGUUGUUGGUAUUACUAUGCACUCCGGAUUAACAUCCUAUAUGAAACGUGAAUUUAAGA